GACAAAACCGUGACUGCAAAAUUACCCUUUCUCACAUCACCUACUUUCUUGGUCUCCAACGGGUGGAACGGGAAAGUAGCAGGAUUCUCUACUUCUACUGUAGAGAGAGAUAGAGAGAGUCCGAGUCCGAGCCAGAGAGACUGGUAAAAGCAAAAGGGUAACAGAAGAGAAGACUUUCCCUUUCACCAAACACAAAAAAGUGGGAUUUCAGAGAUUUUCUCUCUGGAUUCCAUCCAUACGCUCUCUCAUCUCCUUCCCCUCCCCUCCUGUUGUGCAUCUGGGCUCUAGAUUUCUUCCCCUUCCCAACAGCCCGAUUUUCACCGAUGCCCCAUAGCUCAACUGGGUAUUCUUUUCCCUCGUGUUUCAUCCACUCUGUGUCAUUCAAUCCUUCUAGUCCACUUGCUUCGAGAGGUGGGCUGACUGAUUGACUGACUUGACCUGGCCCGAUUUCGCGAAGAAGCUGGGAUCUGGAAUUUGCUGCUUGCUGCCUGGUAGAGAUCUCAACUCAACAGUGGGUGGUUCGACUUGGUUAUAUAUGCUUUCAAUCUUCUGCUGUAUAUUUGAAAUCUUGUAGCUCAAUAGUGUGUGUUUGAAGGGGAUCCAUUUCCCCUUCGAUUCUGGGAGGAUUCUCCAGACCGUAGUUAAAUCAGGCUCGCCUAGCUAGAGAGUUAUGCAAAAGGGAUGUGAAUUGAUAUGUGGAAGAGCCCCUAUUUUUGUGAAAGUUAGGAAUUAGAUUUCUUCCCCUUACCCUGGUGGGGGCAAAAGUUUUGGCUUUUAGCAAUUUAUUGGAGGCGAAAGCUUUAUUACUAGAGAUUUUGUGUAGCAUUUUGUUUGUAUGUUUGGAUGUAUUGUUAAAUUUAUCUCAUUUUCUUUUUUGGGGUAUAGGAAAGUUCAUUGCUCUGUAGGGCUGGGAGGAUCAUCUUAACCGAAGCUGGGCCUGCCCUUUUUCAUCACAAGUAGAAACUAGCAUCCAUUUGUUGUUUUCCCCUUUUGAUUGUCAAGUUUUGUCUGUCUCUGAAUGUUCUCCGGAGAGGGCCAUCCAUACAUGAUACAGACUGGGAAGGAGCUUGCUAGGCUACUGUGGAGAUCUGGGGCUUGUUUGAGCUCUUCUGCCCCAUGAAGGGUUUCUUUCCAUCUGAGGUCUGUCGCUAAAUGUUCUACGGAGAGGGACAUCCAUACAUGAUACAGACUGGGGAGGGAGCUUGCUAGGCUACUGUGGAGAUCUGGGACUUGUUUCAGCUCUUAUGCCCCAUGAAGGGUUUCUUUCCAUCUGAGUCUUGUAAAGAGUCUCAACUCAGUUCAUUCAAUCCACAGUCAUGGCUUCAAGUUGAAAGAGGGAAGCUUUCCAAGUUCGGUUCACAUCCUUUUGAUUCAUCCAUAGAAUCACUUAUCAAGAUCCCUGAACCGCCCGUGCUCCCAUUCUUCAAACCUGUUGAUUAUGUGCAAGUUUUAGCUGAGAUUCAUGAAGAACUUGAAUCAUGCCCCAAAAAUGAUAGGUCGAAUCUGUAUUUAUUACAAUAUGAGGUCUUUAGAGGCCUUGGGGAAGUCAAGUUAAUGCGAAGAAGCCUCCGUUCAGCUUGGCAGAAGGCUAAUUCUGUUCAUGAGAAGAUUGUAUUUGGGGCAUGGCUGAAGUACGAAAAGCAAGGGGAGGAAGUUAUUGCUGAUUCCCUUGCAACUUGUGGGAAGUGUGCUGAAGAGUUCGGACCAGUAGACAUUCCUGUGCAGCUUGAUCUUGAUGCUAGUUUGUUGGGGUCUCAGGAGACUUUGCUGUUGGUGACAAGUGAUCACGUCCUGAAAAACGUCACUUUCAGAAUUGGAGAUAACAGAAUUGUUUGUGACAGGCAGAGAAUUGCUCGCCUUUCUGCUCCAUUUAAUGCUAUGCUGAAUGGGUGUUUCUCAGAAUCACUUCGGGACGAUAUAGAUUUAUCUGAGAACAAUAUAUCUGCUUCGGGCUUCAUAGCAGUAAGCCGGUUCAGCACAACUGGGAAUCUGAAUGAAGUUUCUUCGAAUAUUUUGUUGGAAAUCUUGGUUUUUGCAAACAAGUUCUGUUGUGAAAAGCUCAAAGAUGCAUGUGACAGGAAACUGGCGUUGUUAAUAACAUCAAGAGAUGAUGCUGUGGAACUCAUGGAAUAUGCUCUUGAAGAGAACGCCCCUGUUCUUGCUGCCUCGUGUCUACAGCAGUUUUUAAGAGAGCUACCCAAUUGUUUGGAUGACGAUCGCGUGGUUGAAAUAUUCGUUAGUGCCAACAAGCAAGAGAGACAAAUCAUGGUAGGAUCAGCUGCAUUUCCACUGUAUUGUCUAUUAAGUGAAGUUGCUAUGAGUGUUGAUUCUCACUCUGAUAAAACAGCUUAUUUCCUGGAACAAUUGGUUAACUCAGCCGAAUGUGACAGGCAGAAAAUGCUGGCUUUUCAUCAGUUAGGAUGUGUGAGGCUCUUGAGGAAAGAGUACGAUGAAGCCGAAUGUCUUUUUGAAACUGCUUUGAAUCUAGGCCACACAUACUCUGUGUCAGGUCUGGCUAGACUUGUUUACAUCAGGGGUCAUCAAGAUUUGGCAUAUGACAAGCUUAGCUUGGUUAUUUCUUCCUCUCUUCAUCCGCUAGGGUGGAUGUACCAAGAAAGAUCAUUGUACUGCGAAGGUAGUCAGAAGGUAGAAGACCUUGAGAAAGCAACCGAGUUGGAUCCAACUCUUACUUACCCCUACAUGUUCCGUGCUGCUUCAUUGAUGAGAAAUCAGAAUGUUCAAGCUGCACUAGGAGAGAUCAAUAGGGUCCUUGGGUUCAAACUUGCGUUGGAAUGCUUAGAACUUCGCUUUUGCUUUUAUCUCGCUCUCGAGGAUUACCGGGCAGCACUUUGUGAUAUUCAGGCUAUUCUUACACUCUCACCUGAUUAUAGAAUGUUUGAAGGACGGGUUGCAGCGUCCCAACUUCGCAUCCUUGUCCGUGAACAUGUUGAGAAUUGGACAGCAGCAGAUUGUUGGCUGCAAUUGUAUGAUAGGUGGUCUUCUGUUGAUGACAUAGGAUCCCUUUCUGUUAUAUACCAGAUGCUUGAAUCAGAUGCACUGAAAGGCGUUCUGUAUUUCAGACAAUCUUUGCUUCUUCUCAGGUUGAACUGUCCUAAAGCAGCAAUGCGAAGUCUACAAUUAGCUCGUCAACAUGCAUCGACAGUGCAUGAGCGUUUGGUGUAUGAAGGAUGGAUACUGUAUGAUACUGGUCACUGUGAGGAAGGGCUUCAAAAAGCAGAAGAAUCUAUUAGAAUCAAGAGAUCUUUUGAAGCUUUUUUCCUUAAAGCCUAUGCACUGGCUGACUCUAGCCUUGAUGUGUCAUGUUCUUCAACUGUUAUUUCACUCCUCGAAGAUGCUUUGAAAUGUCCCUCGGACAGACUGCGUAAAGGCCAGGCACUUAACAAUCUAGGCAGUGUCUAUGUUGAUUGUGGGAAGCUAGACUCUGCAGCUGAUUGCUAUAUCAAUGCAUUGAAAAUCAGGCACACCAGGGCACAUCAGGGCCUUGCCCGUGUCCAUUAUCUAAGAAACGACAAGGCAGCUGCAUAUGAGGAAAUGACCAAACUGAUAGAGAAAGCUCGGAACAAUGCUUCUGCAUAUGAGAAGAGGUCUGAGUACUGUGAUCGUGACCUGACCAAGGUUGAUCUGGAGAUGGUAACAAAACUAGACCCACUUCGUGUAUACCCCUACAGAUACAGAGCUGCAGUGUUAAUGGACAGCCAAAAGGAGAAAGAGGCUAUUGAAGAGCUGUCAAGGGCAAUUGCUUUCAAAGCCGACCUCCAUCUCCUACACUUGAGGGCAGCAUUCCAUGAGCACAUUGGGGACGUCACAGGGGCCCUACGAGACUGUCGAGCAGCUCUCUCUGUGGACCCGAACCAUCAAGAAAUGCUCGAGCUUCAUAGCCGCGUAAACAGCCACGAGCCUUGAAACCCCAUUCGAAAUGAUGCUGAAGCCCCCUCUCUCUUUGUCCAGAGGCAUACAGUUUAAGAAGGUUUGUACUAUUGUAUACUACCAAGUCUCAUCAUGCAUGUAACAUUCCGUCUGAUAGCAAUUCUUUUGGUUUCUUUUGUAAUUUAAUUAGAGAUGUUACAUCUUUUUGUAACUUAGUAGGCAGGUCAAUGGCAAAAAUCAAUAUCAAUCUGUGGCCGCGUUUUGUUUUUUCUCUAUCCUCCAAGCAGCAGCCGA